AAUCGUAACUGUGUUUGUAUGGUGUUUACUAGGAUUAGAUAGAACGAAAAUCUAAAUAUUUAUUUUUAAAUUGCAGUGGUCGGGGGUGUGGUUAAUGCAGUUGGAUUUGCGCUGACUAGGUUUGUUGUUUAUUUCUGUCGUCUGUAGCAGGCACAUAGCAGACUGAUGAGAGUUUUAAUAUCAAAUCAAAUUAGCAAAAUUUCAAUGAGAUAAAGGUACAGGGGCGAAAUACAUAAACUGGGAGCGUUGUAAUGUGAAUAAUAUCCAGGCUAAUGUGUUUUUAUUAAAUAAGGACAUAAUUUAAUAUGAAGAAGCAAAGUUUGGUUUUGUUCCUCUUCAGUUAUUUAAGAGUAAUCUCUAGUCAAACAGAAGACUUUGCCUUUGAUCAAGACAAUUCAGUCGCCCCGACUCUCGCUCCGCUCAAAAGACUUUGGGGUAUUCCUGAUUCGAAAUCCCAUGUCGGCAAGUAUGUGCAAGUAGCUGUGCCCGGCGAUGCCUUUGAAGGUGUCGUCAGCAAAUAUGAGGCCUCAGGUGCCGGUGGAAAGUCUCUGCCGAGCUGGUUGAGGUUAGACUCCUCCACAGGGACACUGGAGGGAGUGCCGGGGGAGGAAGACAUCGGGGAGGUUUACAUUGCGAUGGUUGCGGUUGGCCAGCAGCAAAAACACUCAGUCAAGGAUUAUUUUGCCAUUGAAGUUCUUCCGCACACAUAUUCUCAUCAAGUUCUCCUUAAGGAUGGUUGUCCGCCAGGAGAGGAUGUGUCUACCAUCACCGUAGUACUGGACAAGGAGUACUCUUCACUCUCAGCGGACAGCAAGAUCUCCAUUCUGACUAACCUGGCUGGUUAUCUGGGAAUGCCUCGAGAUAGACUGAGCUUAAUACCUCAUAAAGUAGAAGACAUGUUGACCGAUUCUGCUAUCUCCGCUGGUCCUGGGAAUGUGAAGCGGAAAACGUCGACCCAGUCUACAGUCGUCCAAUGGCAGAUUGGCUGCAGUGGUAAGGUGCUGCCCAAGUAUUCUACCCAGGUUCAGCAAAUCAAACAUGACGCUUACGACGGCACUUUGGCGGAAGUGCUGCAACUCCCCAUUGUCGGUUGGCACUUAUCAGUCAGUUCCACCGGGCCUCCCUUCAGGCACAGACGCCAGAUCUUUGGAUCGGGUGACAGUGAGAACGACACAGAAGACCUAGAUCUGGACGAGGACAACCUGGACAAUCUGCCAGAGGUCUCGGGUAAGAACAGUCUAGACGAAGCGACUCCGGAGCCGAGAAUCAUCCCCAUUGCAGCAUCCCCCGUGUUCUCAGAACCUUCUACAUCCGUCGUACCCUCGGAGGUUCACCCCCACAGACAUCAUCACGGGGAAGUGGAGAGUGCGGAACCUACGUACACCAGUCUGCUUACCAGUCCUGUACCCUUCGCCACCAUCAUGCCUACACCUACCUAUGAUCCUGAGAGGCCAACAGCGUUCUCCACAGUGCUGGUGACUCCCAGCCAAGCUCUGGAAGAGUUCUCCGUGGCUCCUACACCCGCCAUCAGUCUAGUGGAGCCUUCUGUCACUCCGGAAAUGUCCACCCCUCAGGAGACAGUUCCGCUGGUUGUUGAAAGCUCGUCGGAACACUCGUCCACCGAGGCGUUGACAACCUCACCUCCACCUACAGAGUCUACACCUCGGGCGACUACGCCACAGCUGGUGCCAGAGAACACGGCACCCAUCAUCAACCGCAAGCUGCCCCGUCAGGCCACCACGGCGGGGAAACCAUUCAGAUAUGUUAUCCCGGACACUGUAUUCUCAGACUUGGAAGAUGGCAACACUCGGAAACUUCACCUUACACUCAAGACGCAGGAGGGUUCUCCCCUCAAGUACUCUUGGAUCCACUUCAACCCGGAGAAUCAAGAAGUUAUCGCACUCCCACUGGAGGAGCAUGUGUCCAAAUGGAGCUUCACUCUGGAAGCAAGGGACAGCGAAGGUCUGGUGGUGAAUGACACAUUGGAACUGUCUGUACAACACCACAAAGGCAGAAGAACGGUGACUCAUGCCCUGACACUGGACCUGGCACUGCAGAGCACACCUACACCAGUGGAGUGGCAGCUACAGCUAGUAGACAGACUGGCAGCACUGUAUGGUGAUUCUGACAGUGACAAGAUCAUAGUGUUGAUACUCAAUAUAUGUACAGGUGACUCAUGCCCUGACACUGGACCUGGCACUGCAGAGCACAACUACACCAGUGGAGUGGCAGCUACAGCUAGUAGACAGACUGGCAGCACUGUGACUCAUGCCCUGACAUUGGACCUGGCACUGCAGAGCACACCUACACCAGUGGAGUGGCAGCUGCAGCUAGUGACUCAUGCCCUGACACUGGACCUGGCACUGCAGAGCACACCUACACCGGAGUGGCAGCUACAGCUAGUAGACAGACUGGCAGCACUGUAUGGUGAUUCUGACACUGACAAGAUCAUAGUGUUGAUACUCUACAUAUGUACAGGUGACUCAUGCCCUGACACUGGACCUGGCACUGCAGAGCACAACUACACCAGUGGAGUGGCAGCUACAGCUAGUAGACAGACUGGCAGCACUGUGACUCAUGCCCUGACACUGGACCUGGCACUGCAGAGCACACCUACACCAGUGGAGUGGCAGCUACAGCUAGUAGACAGACUGGCAGCACUGUAUGGUGAUUCUGACAGUGACAAGAUCAUAGUGUUGAUACUCAAUAUAUGUACAGGUGACUCAUGCCCUGACACUGGACCUGGCACUGCAGAGCACACCUACACCAGUGGAGUGGCAGCUACAGCUAGUAGACAGACUGGCAGCACUGUGACUCAUGCCCUGACAUUGGACCUGGCACUGCAGAGCUCACCUACACCAGUGGAGUGGCAGCUACAGCUAGUAGACAGACUGGCAGCACUGUAUGGUGAUUCUGACUCUGACAAGAUCAUAGUGUUGAUACUCAAUAUAUGUACAGGUGACUCAUGCCCUGACAUUGGACCUGGCACUGCAGAGCUCACCUACACCAGUGGAGUGGCAGCUACAGCUAGUAGACAGACUGGCAGCACUGUGACUCAUGCCCUGACAUUGGACCUGGCACUGCAGAGCACACCUACACCAGUGGAGUGGCAGCUACAGCUAGUAGACAGACUGGCAGCACUGUAUGGUGAUUCUGACUCUGACAAGAUCAUAGUGUUGAUACUCAAUAUAUGUACAGGUGACUCAUGCCCUGACAUUGGACCUGGCACUGCAGAGCUCACCUACACCAGUGGAGUGGCAGCUACAGCUAGUAGACAGACUGGCAGCACUGUGACUCAUGCCCUGACACUGGACCUGGCACUGCAGAGCACACCUACACCAGUGGAGUGGCAGCUACAGCUAGUAGACAGACUGGCAGCACUGUAUGGUGAUUCUGACUCUGACAAGAUCAUAGUGUUGAUACUCAAUAUAUGUACAGGUGACUCAUGCCCUGACACUGGACCUGGCACUGCAGAGCACACCUACACCAGUGGAGUGGCAGCUACAGCUAGUAGACAGACUGGCAGCACUGUGACUCAUGCCCUGACACUGGACCUGGCACUGCAGAGCACACCUACACCAGUGGAGUGGCAGCUACAGCUAGUAGACAGACUGGCAGCACUGUAUGGUGAUUCUGACUCUGACAAGAUCAUAGUGUUGGGCGUCACACCUCAGGAUGACCCCAUCACCUUCACAUGGACCAACGACUCCUUGCCCAGGAACCACUGUCCUAGGGAACAGAUUGACAACUUGCUCAAGGUGCUGAGAGCCAAUGAGGAUGGCAAGCCGACGGACGCUGUCAGACAUCUGCUCUCCCCUCAGAUCACGGUGGUGAGAGUGUCGUGGACAGGCAAGGGUACGUGUGACUCUCCGCCCUCCCCUCCGGAGAAGCUGCCCCCCUCCACGCAGAACUUCUCCCCCACCAUCCGCAACCAGGUGGACAUCAUCAACGCCACUCUGGGGCAGCUGCUGGUCUACACUGUGCCCGAGGACACAUUCUACGACCCCGAGGACGGCAGCACUCGCAACAUGGAGCUGUCUGUGUUGCACAUGGACAGAUCACCACUGAACCCAACACACUGGCUGCAGUUUGACACCAAGAACCAGGAGUUCUACGGCAUACCCAUGUCUGGCUCGGAUGUGGGCAAACAGGAGUACCAACUGGUGUGCAAAGACAGUGGCGGACUGACAGCCUACGACGGACUGGUUGUCGUAGUGCAGCCACCAGCCAAGGUGUUGUACAACGUCGAGUUCUCCAUGGACAUAGACAUCGACUACGACAACUUCGCUAGCAACCCUGCGAUGAAGCGCCACUUUGUGGAGCGACUAGCGGAGUUGUUCGGGGACAGGAACUCCAGUGCUAUAGUGUUUAGCGGAGUCACGGACAACCCGACACAUAUUGUGUGGCACAACCGAUCCUUGCCUACCGAGUAUUGUCCUCACGAACAGAUUCAACAGCUGAGACAGAUACUCCUAGUAGACGAAAGCCGAUUGUCUAACCAGGUGAACACAGUGCUAGGGCCAGAGUUUCCCGUGGUGAAAGCCUCCCUCAUCCCCACCGCCAGAUGCCAGGGAGCCCUGACAGAGACUCACCCCAUUGAGCCAGUCUACCCCAGUGGGGACGUACGGCCCGUGUCUAGGUCUCACGAAGAGUACUUGAUCACAGUGGUUGUACCAGCGGUUGUCAUAGCAGCCAUGUUGCUGUGUGCCGGUCUGGUGGCCUGUGUGUUGUACAGAAGACACAGAACUGGCAAGAUGUCUGUCGGCAGCGAAGACGAGCGCCAGAGCUUCCGUAGUAAAGGAAUCCCCGUCAUAUUCCAGGACGAACUGGAAGAAAGACCAGAACCGGCGAAUAAAAGUCCGGUGAUCAUGAAGGAGGAGAAGCCCCCACUGCCUCCGCCAGAGUACCACCAGCGGACGGCUCUUCUGUCGGACACGGAGGCGUACCAGCCCCCGCCCCCCUUCCCCCUCUCUAGGGACUCAGGGAGGCCCAAACCCACCCCUACCUACCGUAAGCCUCCCCCCUACGUACCUCCUUAACUUGUCUCCGCAUUCACUGCCAUACACACCCUUCUAACCCACCAGAGUAGAGUAGCUUAUGUUAAGUAUAUGGUUUAUAUGAUUAGUAUUAACAGUCAAUAUUAAAAAACUUUACAGAAUUAGACGUUUUUGCACAACGAAUUGGGUCUAUUCCGUUAGGAGGUGAUCCUGGGUGAAUUUAGUGUAAAUUAUCUCCCCAUUUUCACCUUUGUAGAGGAUUGCUUUGCUAAAAAACUUUAACUAAUCGAAAGAAUGGAAUUUAGGGGAGAAUCUAAAUGGGUUAGGUGAUUAGGCCGGAGCAGAAUUAGGGUACCUAAUCUGUAAUUAAUUGUAACAUUCAAUGUUUCGGGGAUGGUUUUGGCUACACAAGAUUUUUGGAUGCGCUUCAAAAAUGUCAAAAUCUAUUUUCAUGUACCAUGAAAACGUCUGACUCUAUAUAUGUUCCACCGAUUAUCAAAACCUGCAAAACGUAGCACAUAUCAAAACCUAGGAUUGGCCACUUCUUGCUUAGAUGGUUUUCAAAUUUAUCAUUGCAUCAUAAGAAGUUUCAACUCGACAUAAACUUCUUACUCAUUAGUAGCUUUCACAUUUUUUCUGUACAUGUACAUAAGUAAUUUUCCCUUCAAAACCUUUUGAUUAGGCUGUAAAGUUUAUUUUAAUUUUCUCUAAUUUAGUAACUGGGCAUUUAACUGUACAUUAGUAGGCCUACUAUCCGUUGUUCACCAAUCAACGCUUCAUUGAACCAGCUAAGCAUUCCCUUUUGUGUUCAGUUGCGAUCCAAGAUUAGUAUAGUAGUCGGUUGCUGUCGGUAUCUAACAGUCUUUUCACGAGUUACUAAAACGACUCGGCUAGACUGAAUCGAAAGCUAACCAAAGACGUCCUACUGUAAUAUUUUUAGAUAAUUGUAGUGAAACUACCGUUAAUUUCCAUACUCCUUUAUGUGGCUUCCAAAUAGUUUAGUAUGUUACCACGUCCAUGGUCUGUUUCGUUCUGUGUUCAACUUUCGAUAUAUUGUUGGCCUAAAUGUUGUUAUGUUAAAUACUAGUGAUGCAUUACGAUCUUUUAUCUGUUCGAUGGGAAAGAUUUGAUCAUUGUUUUAGUCUGAAGCACAAAAAGAUUUGUAGCAUAUUAAAUCUGUUUAUUAUUUCUAAUCGAUAAUUUUCCCGUUUGAAAUACAUAUUUGGCAAAAGUACUUACAAACGCUUGGCUAAUACAAUUUGUUGUUUACCGCUGAUAUAAGUAGUAAUGUUUUUAAAACUUGAUGGUGAUGAAACCUGCAUAGUUCAAUGCAAAUUAUUCUAAGAAAUUAUAACUAGCAUAUAACCUUAGAUAUGUUUGUACUAAAGAUUAAACCAGACACUGAAAACGGUGUAUUGUGUUCGUUUUGAAUAAAGCGACAAUAUUUCAUACAUCCCUAGAUUAAAAUGAGGACAACGAUUUCCGAUUUAUGUAAUAAAUUUUAGUGUUUAACCUUGCAAAAUGAACUGAGUCUACCUUUGCUGUAAUAGUUUCUAUGAAUGUUUAUGUAUUGUAUAUACAGGGUGUUAAAAAACUCUGGACGUAGUUUUUUUAUACAUUUAAAUUACCAAUUUCAUUUAGAAAUUUUUGUAUUGGUAAUUAUUUGUUAGUGAAUAGGUUAUUUUGCCUUGGUACGUAAAGGUAUUUUAAGAAACAAACAAUGAGAUUGAUUUCAAUAUUAACACAGAAACUUAAUAAAGUUAUGGAAUUUAUCUUGAAUUACAAUUUGAAGAUAUCAAAUUUGUUGAAAACCCCUCAAACCUCU